AUGCGAAGUCGGGCAGUACGGACGUCGUCGAGCGAGGGAUUCCAGAACGAUGCGCCCACGUACAAAGAUAUUGUGAUAAUCGAGCGGCAAGUGAAGAAUGGCGACACGCUCAACAAAUUGGCCAUCAAAUAUCAAGUUAAUGUACGUUUUUUUAAAGUGUAAUAACCUAAAAUUUCAACAAAAAACUAGUUUUGCCUCAAUUUCAGGUUGCUGAAAUAAAGCGAGUCAAUAAUAUGGUGUCGGAACAGGAUUUUUUAGCAUUUUCAAAAGUGAAAAUACCGGUGAGCCGGAUGAGAAUGGCUCUGGGCGUGCAGACGGUCUCCAGUCAUGAUGAGGACGAAAAUGAGGAUGAUGUGCUUAUUGGUAAAAUUUGUCUUAGAAUAAUAAGAAAUCUGGAUCAUUUUUGCAGACAUCGACGACAGAAGUGCACUUUUACGCGAGAAUCGCGAGUCUCGGGAUCCGAGCGUCGAGGACAUUUUCCACAAAACUGACAACAAUAUCGGUUAGUCAAAUGUUUUUCGCGUGAAUUUAUAACGAAAUUACACAGGAAUUUUGCAGCCCAAGUACGAGAUGCGCUUCCGGAAGACGGUCCCGCGACCGGCGGAUUCCAUUUUGUGACCGCCCGAGCACCGACUUCGCCAAACAUUUCCGUUUGGAUGGUCAUUUUAGGUACUUUUUGAAGUAAAGCGUACGAAAAAUCCGAUCUUCCAGGCGUUCUCCUUAUUUUCGGCGUUCUUCCGUUGGUUUUGACGUUCUACGAGGAGCACGAAGAAUCCGCACAUUUGGCUCACAAAACGACUCAUGCCGCAUGA